CAUUAAUGUUGUGCUAUUAAUAUAACAGCAAUGUAUUAAAUUUGUGAGGCACGUGGGUCAUUUUUUAUUUUUUAAGGUGGAAUAAAGCUUAAAAAAUGAGCUUUAACGAGUUGAUUGAAGACACUAAAAAAGCUGAAAUCAUCGUGGAUGAAUUGUUCCAUCGGAUUGAGGAUUACAAUGAUGGAAAAGUAGCACAAAAGGAUUUUUCGAACAGCCAAUCUGUCGAGCUGAAAGAAGCAUUAACUGAAAAUUCCAAGCUAAAGUAUCGCCUAGGCAUAUUAAAAAGGGCUAUAGAAAGUCAAGAAGAGAAAAAUAAGAAGUGUAGAAAUGCAAAUGGUGAUACACCUUUCAUUAGCCCCAGUACAAGUUUAACAUUGAUUUGCAUGGAUGCCUUGAGGAAAGCAUUCCCUGACAUAAAAGGAAAUUUGCAGCCGGUUAUCCCCUCGACUAAUCCACGAUUCGGAGACUAUCAGUUCAAUGCUGCUUUGCAAAUGGGCGAAAUGCUUAAACGUUUAGGACAGAAAAUGCCACCAUUGGAAAUAGCAAAGAAAAUUGUAGAGCAAAUAGCUCCUAGCAACAUUACUUCCAAAAUUGAGAUUGCACCCCCAGGGUACAUAAACAUUUGGUUGAAUAAAUCGUUUUGCAGUGACCAGCUUUUGCCAUAUCUUCUUGAAGGUGUCAAACCACCACCACUUGACAAAAAAAUGAAAGUCCUUAUCGACUUUUCUUCUCCUAAUAUUGCUAAACAAAUGCAUGUUGGGCAUUUAAGAUCUACUAUAAUUGGCGACUGUGUUGCCCGUCUCCUAGAGUUUUUAGGCCAUGAUGUACUUCGAAUUAAUCACGUUGGUGACUGGGGUACUCAGUUUGGGAUGCUCAUUGCUCACCUUCAAGAAAAAUUUCCAAAUUUCAAAACUGAAACACCAUCGAUUGAAGACCUUCAAAUGUUUUACAAAGAAUCUAAGAAAAGAUUUGAUGAAGACGAACAAUUUAAACGUAGAGCUUAUGAGUGUGUAGUGAAGCUACAGACAUUUGAAGAAGAUUAUAUAAAAAGCUGGCAGCUUAUUUGUGAAGCAUCGAGAAAAGAAUUCCAAAUAAUUUAUGACCGUCUUGACAUUAAGUUGAUAGAAAGAGGAGAGUCCUUUUAUCAAACACGUAUGGAAAAAGUUGUAAAAGAACUCGAAGAAAAGGGAUUGUUGACAUUUGAUGAGGGACGAUAUGUUAUGUUCGGCUUAGAAGAAGGUAUGAUACCAAUGACAAUUGUUAAAUCAGAUGGUGGAUUUACUUAUGACACUUCGGACAUGGCUGCUAUAAAACAGAGGAUAGAAGAAGAAAAAGGUGACUGGCUUAUAUACGUCACCGACUUGGGGCAGUCCACGCAUUUCAAAGUAUUGUUUAGCUGUGCUCAAAAAGCUGGAAUUUGGGACCCGUGUAAGGUCAGGAUAGAUCACGUCGGCUUUGGAGUCGUUUUAGGUGAAGAUAAAAAGAAGUUUAAAACAAGAUCUGGUGAAACAGUAAAACUGAUUGACCUCCUUGAUGAAGGGCUCAAACGUUCUGAAGAAAAAUUGAAAGAGAAAAAUAGGCAUGAAGUUUUGACAAAAGAAGAAUUGAAGGCGGCUCAAGAAGCGAUUGCAUACGGGUGUAUAAAAUAUGCUGAUUUGUGCUGUUCAAGAACGAAUGAUUAUGUUUUUUCAUUUGAUAAGAUGUUGGAAGAUAAAGGAAACACUGCAGUGUAUAUGCUUUAUGCUUAUACAAGGAUAAGCGCAAUUGCAAGAAAUGCAAAUGUGACAAGAGAAGAGUUAAAACAGUUUGUUCAAAAUGGAGGUAAAAUUGGAGUAAAUCAUCCCAAAGAAUGGAAUCUCGUAAAAGUUUUAUUAAGGUUUAAUGAUGUUUUAACUAAAAUAUCUCGAGAGUGGUCUUUACACAAUUUAUGCGAGUACUUGUAUGACAUUGCUACAGCAUUUACAGAAUUUUAUGAUCAAUGUUACUGCAUUGAGAAAGAUAAAUCUGGUGAAAUUAAAAAAAUCCACAAGGACAGGCUCUUAUUAACUGAAAUAACGGCUUUAAUUAUGGAUAAAUGUUUCAACAUUAUCGGCCUUAAAAAGGUUGGGAAAAUGUAAAAAUAAAGUAUGAUGAUUUGA